GUCUGAGUCUGACUCUGACUAGCUAGUCUGAGUGUGACUCUACAGUUGUAACUCUGAGCUGCACAAUCGUGGCGUCCAUGCCCCUCGACCAGGCUCUAGGCAGCAGGCUCAUGCCAGCAUUAUCUGAUUCUUACAGGAUCACAGUGGUGCCACAUUGCAUCAGCAUACCAGCCAAAAAAGAUGCAUUUGCUCCUUUUGUGUGCUUACAAGCUUUUCAUAAGGGUUUCUGCAAUCACGUAACUUUGCAAGCUGUGCAUCCUCUGCAUACCUAGAAUGAAAGAAAGUGGUUGCAAUUGCAUCACUUUGAUAUCCAAAACGGCAAAAAAUGCUCUUUGGCAGCAACUUAUGCGCCCCAGCAGAAGGAAAGGGCAGACUGUGAGUUGUAACUGCACCACUGCCAGGUGUUACAAAGCUGGGGGGCACUGAAUGCACCCUUUUCAGGACAUGCAAAAGUUUGAAGUCAGGGUGCCGAACUGUCAUCUCCAGGAGCCUGAGGUGUCAAAUAAUGAAGUUUAAGGCUGCCUUCACUGAUCGAGGCGUAAAUAUCUUAGAGAAGCGAUUUGUACCCGCUUUUGAAAAGAUUGGAAAGACAUGCCAUGUCUACUUGACCCGGGAUCAUGUCAUCCUGUUACACAACGUUCUCAACUCAGAUGGCGUGCAAGCCAUUGCGCAGCUUGCCAAGGACGCAAUCUUCGAUGACUACCGCAUCAGCAGUCAGAACAAUGACUGCAUUGCAUUCCAGGUGGACCUGUCCCUCCUCCUGCGUGCUCUGCGCAGCAGUGUUGCGAUGGAUGGAGACAAGCUCCAGGUGAAGCUGGUCAAGAAGCGGGCCAGCCUCACAGAAAAGUCCAUGCCGUUUCUCACCUUCGAAAGCAAGGGCUACCGAAGCGCUAUCCUCCAAGACGUUCCCAUCUCUCCUCCCCUUUCCCGAGCCGAUGUGGCGGACCUGCAGGCGGCCCUGGAUGCUGUUCAAGAUUUGCCACCAACGCUGGUGGGGCUGCCCGACCUGGUGGCGCUGCAGGCGCUGGUGGAGCGGCUGAAGGCGGUGGGGGAGGUGCUGGACGUGGGGCUCACCCAGGCGGGGGACCUCUUCCUGCGCGUCAUCACCGCUUUUGUCUCCAUCGGGACACAGUUCCGGCACCUGCGCGUGCUGGGGAUUCGAGGAGCUGCAGCCCCGGUUGACGACACGGUUGAAGGAAGUGCGCGCUUGCAAAGGGCCUUGGAACAAGGGGAGGCUUCCGUCGUGAAGGUCAACAUGAAGCACUUUGUACGAAGUCUGCAGUGUCAUUUGACGAAGCCCGAUGCGUGCUACUGUGGUGUUGCCCCUGGAAACGCGUGCCUGCUAAUGAUGUUCCAAUAUUUUGCACCGGGGACACGCUUGACCGACGACUCAAUCAGUCUACAAUACCGUCUUCCGGUUCUUGAGCAAGAUGAUUAAACGCAAGAAUGAUCUGGAUUGCAUGUGGAGGGAUGCUAAUAAAGAUUGAAGUAAGAGAUCACACCAGGCGAGAGCAUUUCGCGAAGCUCAGUUCCUUUACAAGUUAAUUAGCGAUAAUCGAUCCGAGUCAACCCAUGAUAGGUCUCAGUACCUUGGUCCUUGGCUGAGCGAGCCUGGACCAGUCAAGUUUUGUGACUCUAAAAUUGGGAUUUGCAGUUUUUCAUGGAGUUGCGGCUGCUUAUGCGGGAGUUCAACAAUGUUUUACAAAGACUGCUCGUUGAGCAUAGACAACGCUACAGACCGAUCCGACACUCACCAAAAUUGUCCUCCGCGGGGGCUGCUUGGCAUGCAGCUGACAAGAUUCCUGGAGCCUCCCGUUGUCAACUGACUCGCAUGCAAACCGAA